AUGGACUCUCGGACUGCGGGCCCCGCCACCAAGGACGAUGCCUACGAUGUCUCAGACCCAACAGACUGGUUUGGGACUCCCCUGUCCAGUCUUAUGCAGGUCGAGCAGUCGCUGCGAUGCCACGUCUGCAAAGACUUCUUUCAAUCGCCCCUCAUCACAUCUUGUUCUCACACUUUCUGCUCCCUCUGCAUACGGAGGGCUCUCAACACCGACGGGAAAUGCCCCUUGUGCCGCACACCGGAUCAAGAAUCGAAGCUGAGGGGCAACUGGGCCAUCAGGGAGGCUGUUGAGGCCUUUGUGAGCUCCAGGGAGGUGAUGCUGGACCUUGCACGCCGGCCGCUUGCUGGUGAGACUUCAGCAGGUCCGUUUGCGACGACCAAGAGGAAAGCCCGCGAAGGGUCUACCAACGGCGAAUCCACGAGUAAGAGGACUAGGAUGUCUACCCGAUCGAGCAGUGCGAGGGCAGCAAUUACCACGGCAGCCAUGAUGGAACAAGAAGCAGACGUGCCCGAGGCGGAGGAAGUAGAAGAAUAUGUCCCUGCAUGUGUCACAGAUGACGGCUUAGUUGCAUGCCCGAUCUGUCAGUGGCGAAUGAAACCUGAGAGAGUCGAUAAACAUCUCGACACCGACUGUCCAGGAGAGCCACAGCCUCAGCCGAGCCCGUCAAAAACGAAGAAGACCUUUGGGUUGCCAUCAGCACGGUCUUCAGGGACACCCCCAGCCAUAACGUUCGAGAGAAUUCCGUCAACCAACUAUUCCCUACUGAAUGAUACAAAGCUAAAGAAGAAACUUGCGGAUCUCGGAAUACCGACCUGGGGCUCUCGCUUACUUUUGGAAAAGAGGCACAAAGAAUGGGUCAUGAUUUGGAACGCAAAUUGUGACUCGGCACGGCCCAAGACGAAGCGAGAAUUAAUGCAGGAUCUGGACACAUGGGAGCGCACGCAGGGUGGCAAUGCCUCAACGAUGUCCCUCUCCGCAAACUUGGGUGCCCAGAUCAAGGACAAGGACUUCGACGGUGCAGGCUGGUCCGCCAAGCACAACAACUCUUUCAACAACCUCAUUUCUCAAGCGCGAAAGUCGCAUAAAAAGGUAGAAGACAGAACGCGGGAUGUAGCCUCAUCGUUCGGCGACAAAACUGAUUCCGAACAGCCGCGGGUCAACGGCACGAGGUGUGAGCAUUCUCCAGAGCUUGGGGACGUAGAUGCGGCACAUCCUAAGGACGGGCCAAUUAGGACCUCGGAGAUCAUUGAUUUGUCGUCACCGAGGAAAAUUGAGGGUGCCAGAGGAGCUGAUAUACCCAGUGGUGACAGUUCGAUCCCAGGAAUAAAUGCAGUCACCGGUUCUGCGUCUGCAGGCGCGCCAUCAUAA